GUCUGCACAGGUUCAGAACCCGCCCUCCAGGCCGGUAGGAUGCAACAAAUUAAGCGCUUGUAUAACCCUUGCCGACUCUGACAUGUAUCCUACUGUAGUCCCUCAUUGCCUUAUACGCCGCUGUAGUUUCAGCCCUUCACUUCAUUGACAUUUUUCCUCUGAUUGGGAUUGAAUAGUCGCUAUACUCACUUGUGUUUUUUCAUUUCGGUUUUAACACCUGCACGGCAGUCGGCAGCAGCGGUGUUUUGCACUACAACAAAAAAACUCAUUGCCUUUAUUAUUACUGAACCCAUCGAUACAAUGGAGCAAUGCAAUGUGUCCUAAAAGUGAACCCCUUCCGCGUGCUGGUGCCGUCCACGGUGGUAGAGCAGAAGAGUUGAGCGUCGCUGCCGGGGAGAAGAUGCUGAGGAGAGCGCACAGCCCACAUCUCCAGGACAAGUAGAGAGGAGGCAGGUCUGGGUAAAGUUCCGAUGCCUUCCCCGCCACAAUAGAAGAGGAUGAGGCGUGUGGUGGAGGAGCUGAUGGUGCUGAUCCUGGUGCUGGAGGUCCCUCGCAUCUGAUGACGGUCGCUGUUCCACUUUGCUGCUGUGAGGCCGAGCGCGUCUCCACCGUCCCUCGCAGGAAGUGAGCGCCGGACGGACAGGAGCAGGACGGACGGACGCACGGACACACCGUCCCUCCCCGCCAUGGGCGCCGAGACGGGCCUGCGGCGGUCAUGGGCGCUGCUCGCCUUCCUGGGGGUGGCGGUGGCUUCCCGGUGGGGCGCGGCGGCGGCUGAGGUCUACACCAACACCUGGGCUGUCCGUGUCAUCGGGGGGGCCGGCGAGGCCGACCGCAUCGCCAGGAAACACGGCUUCGUCAACCACGGAAACGUGUUUGGGGAGUACUACCACUUCAGGCAUCACGGUGUGGAGAAGAGGUCCCUGUCCGGCCAUAGAGGGACCCACGUUCGACUGCAGAGCGAGCAGCAGGUAGUCUGGGCUGAGCAGCAGGUGGUGAAGAGCAGAAGGAAGAGGGAUGUGUUCAAGGACCCCACUGACCCUGAGUUUCCCAAACAGUGGUACCUGUCCAACCCAACUAACCAGGAUCUGAACACCAAAGAGGCCUGGGCAAAGGGAUUCACCGGUCGCGGUGUGGUGGUCACCAUCCUGGACGACGGCAUUGAGAAAGACCACCCAGACCUCCGCAGGAACUACGAUCCGGAAGCCAGCUACGACGUGAACGACGGAGAUGCAGACCCACAGCCCCGCUACACCCAGCGCAAUGAAAACAGCAUGAACCUGACGUGGCGGGACAUGCAGCACCUGGUGGUCCGGACCGCCCAGCCCGGCCGGCUCAGCGCGGCCGACUGGAAGGCCAACGGCGUGGGGCGGAGAGUGAGUCACUCGUAUGGCUACGGUCUGUUGGAUGCUGGUGCGAUGGUGUCUCUCGCCCAGAACUGGACCUCGGUUGGACUGCAACAUCAGUGUGUUCACACCAUGCUCACUGAACCCAGAGAGGUGGGGGUCAAGCUGGUGUUCAGCCGGAGUGUGGACGCCUGCUGGGGUCGUCCGGAGGUCGUGAGCUCCCUGGAGCACGCCCAGGCCCGCCUCACACUCCGCCACCGCCAGCGGGGGAAGCUGGCCAUCCAUCUCACCAGCCCGCUGGGCACCAGGUCCACCCUGCUGUCUCCCAGACCCAAUGAUUACUCCCCAGAAGGCUUUGAGGACUGGUCCUUCAUGACCACCCACUCCUGGGACGAGGACCCCAGAGGUGAAUGGACCCUGGAGAUAGAGAACGUCCCUGCAGAUGGAGGCGAUUACGGUGUGCUGAGUCAGUUCUCCCUGGUCCUGUGGGGUACGGGCCCCAGGGCGGUGAACCCCUCCUCCUCAGACUUCCCCCGGCCGUCCAACAACAGCUGCAAGACCUUCGACGCUCAGCAGAUCUGCAUAGAGUGCAGCCCGGGCUUCUCGCUCUUCCUGCAGGGCUGCGUGAAGCUCUGCCCUCAGGGCUUCACCUCGGCCGCCCAGCUGCUCAACCUGUCCCUGGAGACCUGGGUGGACCUGUCCUCCGUGCAGGCCUGUGUGCCCUGCCACGCCGCCUGCCUCACCUGCUCCGGCCCGGGCCUGUCAGCCUGCCUGUCCUGCCCGGCCCGCAGCCACCUGCUGUUCACCUCCUGCCUGCGCCAGAGCCUGGUGCAGCGCAAGUCCCCGCCCCCGCCCGUCGACACCGCCGCCGCCGCCGCCGCUGCCGCCGCCGGUCUCCGCGGCAACGACGGAGCCUGGCAGGAAGUGGAGAGCUCGGCGGGCAGGGAGGAAGAUGCCGGCGGGGGCGAUGGAGGCCGAGGAGGGGAACAGCCGUCGUUGGGACGUCCCGGGCCGGGGUCGACAUCGACGACAAUGUCGACGACGACGACGACGACUACAACGGCAACGUCCUCCCGGCUGGUGGUCCUGUCGGCCGUGCUGGGCACUGCCUUGCUCGUGUUGGGCUGCCUGGGACUCGUCCUGCUGCUGCUGCAGACGCGGGCGGCCGGGGGGCCCAACGGCGGCGGUCUGCGGACGGCGGAGGCUCCGGGCGGCGGCCGGCUUGGGCUGAGGCUCGGCUGCGACAGGAAGACCAGGGUCUGCUACCGGGGGAUCCCCACCGUGUGGGGGGACAAGGACGGCGGCAUCGCGGGCCCCUGGGAGGGGGAGUCGGACGGGGAGGAGGACCAUAGCGAGAGGACGGCGUUCAUCCGGACGCAGAGCUCCGUCUAGGGCUGGUGGGAGACCAUUGCUGAUGGAAGAGCUUGAAGCAAGGAGGGGAUUCGCCCCGGUUGGUCGCUGAUAGUGGAUCCUCAAAUCACACGGCCGGAUGUGCGCCGCACGAUAGGGACAGUAUGCGGAGAGAUAACCGAAGUUUAGCCCAAACGCGCGGACGCGAGCUGGACAGAGAGCCGUCCCGGCAGCCGCGGAUGCGUACGAAUCAAAGUCAGCGGAGCACACGGCGUUGCUAGCAGGACUAGUGCCCUCCCUGCGCGCUACGAGCUACGAGCUAGCUCGAACCCACAGAGCCGAACCUUCCUGUUCCUUUAGUCGCAUUAUUCAUCAUGAUUUUUAUUUUUUUCAGAGAUUACCCUUAACUGUGUGUUGGUUAUUUUGCAAAAAAAACUGCAUAGAUUUAAAAUGUCAGCGAAAAAAAACAUUGUGUUCUCAGUGUUUUUGUACUUCGACUUCUGCAUUUGCAUCCGAUAUGCGGCUCCCAUCCCGGGGGUUAUCGCGGCGUCGCCUGCGGAGGCCCUUCUGCCCGCUGAAUGUACCAAAUCAAUCCCUCAAAACAACAUCCAGCGCACCGCAGAGAUGAAUUGGCAAUCGCACGUCGGUAAGAGCCACUUAACCAGCUGCGAGAUUCAAGGCACCGUUGAUUGGUUGAUUGCGGAAAAGUGCUGCAAGUGCUAAACGCGUUUAGUGAGCCUCUUCUCUGUUGCUCCGACGGAGAACGUUUUCACUCUUUUUUGUAAGGAUGGGAAGACUGAUCCCGCCGCCCAACCCCGAGACGUGACCUUCUCUGACAGUUUUCUCUAUCGCUGGGAAAAGGAACUUCUGCUCUCUUCCUCCUCCACCCCAUAAAGGCUGUGGUAUCGAUUGGUUUCUGGGUCUUCUCCAAGAGCAUCGCUUCAUCAGGGAAAAUAAGCGAGCUUGUCCGCGUGUUUCAAAUAACCCGGCCCGGCCUGCUGCUGUUCCCGGAGAGUCGUAGUGGGCAGUCUGCUACCACUGGAGGACUGGAUUCACGCCUUGGUGAAUCAGUGUGAACCACUUGGAUUAACGACGUUUCCUAUUGUGGUUUAUUUUCUACGCGUUUUUUUAUUUAUUUAUUUAUUUGACUUGGUAACGGUUUAUAUUGUGCAGGAAAUAAAAGCU